CAAAUUUCCAUUUCUCAUAACUACGCAUUUUUAUUUUUACUGUUUAUUUUUAAUUUUUAAUUUUAUCCUUUUUACUUCCUUUUGGAUCCACAGCAAUCAAAAAAGGUUAUCAGUGACAAAUAGAUCGUGUAUAAAAAGAUCCACAAACAUUCUACUUUUCUCUUUAUUUUUUAUCCUUCUAUUAUUCAAUAGCACUUGACACCAAUCGAAAUACAAAUAUUUGUACCAAAUGUCCGACGAGAAGCGAAGACGCGACUUUACCUUACGAGGUCCGAAUAGUGAGGAAUUUAAGCAGGGCACUUGUAGCUUUGAGGUUGAUGGGCAGUUUAUUAAAACCGAGAGUUUUGAUGACUUUUACAUAAAUCUUGAGCAAGUCGCUCUUUCCUUGGGCCCGAGGCCGCCUUCAUGCUCAAGAUCCAUUUCCACUAUUAAAGGCAGGACCAAGAAGGUAUCGCCCACUAUGCAGAAUGAACGAGGUGAAAGGUUCUUUGAGCUCGGUCCAAAGAGAAGGCUCACGGUCCACAAAUGGCAGAAUCAGACCCUGGUAGACAUUCGUGAGCACUUUUACAGUAAGGAGGGGAUAGCCAAGCCCGGCAGAAAGGGUAUUUCAUUGACCAUUGAUCAGUUCAAGUGCAUCCUUGACCAUGAGUUCGAGAUCAAGAGAGCGAUCAAGUCGAUGGAAAGGCGGAAACGACAGCGUCUUUGUCUGGGCAAAGCAUGAAAGAUUUGAUGGACAUUAUGAAUACUUUAUUUCCUCAUCCCCUCCCUUCUCUCCCUUC